GCCACCGGAAGAGGUCCGGGAGAGAGAGCUAGCGAGCGGCUACGUGUAUGAAGAACCAGCAGCUCAAAGGAAGUCAAGCCUCUUGCCCAAGGUCAAGUGUCAGCAUCAAUAUUCAAAUCCAGUGCCCAGCCCUGCCUCCACCUUAGCAGAGAGAAAAUGAAAAGGACUGAAGGUUUUUCUUCAGCUUGACUUUGUAAACUGCUUCGGGAGAGAUGGCUUGAGGCUGCUAUCUCACCGACAUGGCUAGCUUCUCAGUGCACUCAGAGACAUAUCAUCUUCAGCAUGCAGAGCAAAUAGUGCCCAUUUUGGGUCUGAAAAGGGUAUCUUCCUUGUGGGGAUAGUUUUGAGUCUCUCAGUGAAGGUCUCAGCUGGAGAGAUGAUGCCUCUGAAGGAAGUGAUGGUUGUGUAUCCCACCGUACAUGAUCAAGAUAGCAUCCUGGGAAUGGAAACCAUCCGAGGAGAACAGAAGUCUGACCUUGAGGCUUCUCGACAGCGCUUCAGGUUUUUUCGAUACCCAGAAGGAGCUGGGCCCCUUGAGACCCUGAGCCAACUUCAGGCACUUUGUCUUCAAUGGCUGAGGCCAGAAAUUCAUACAAAGGAGCAAAUCCUGGAACUGCUGGUGCUGGAACAAUUCCUGGCCAUCCUGCCUGGGGACAUCAGGACUUGGGUCAAAUCACAAAAUCCAAAGACAAGCGAGGAGGUGGUGGUCUUGGCGGAGGAUUUGGCCCAAAUGCUAGAGGAAGGAGCUCUGCCUUCUGAGGACUCUGCACUUGCCCAAGAGGGGAACACUGAGGAGGGACAUGGUUCUAUAUUCCUGACAAGCAGAGCUCAGGAAGCACUGACAUUCCAGGAUGUAGCUGUGGACUUUACCUGGGAAGAAUGGGGACAACUGGACCCUGCCCAGCAGGAUCUGUACAGGGAUGUGAUGUUGGAGAACUAUCAGAACCUGAUCUCUCUAGGGCUUCCGGUUUCCAAGCCAGACAUGAUCUCCCACCUGGAGCAAGGCGAAGUACCAUGGGCUCUGAAGAAAGAAGUUGCCAAAGGUUCCUGUCCAGAUUGGGUAACUAGACACGAGGCCCAGGAAUCAAAUUCAGAGCAAGAUAUAUCUGGUGAAAAAUCUUCCCAGGAAAGACUAACAAGGGAUGGUCCUGAGGAAUUGGCCAAGGAUUGGGAGUACGGUGGCAGGUUUGAGACAAAACAGCAGGGGAACUUGGGGAGAAAUUCAAAGCAAGUACUAAUCACCCACAGAAAGACCCCGAAUACAGUAAAAAAAAUUACACUACAGAAAAAUUCCAGUCCAGGGUCAAUCUUUGUGACACAACAAUCUGUGCCUACAGGAAAGAGUUUACAUCAACAUGGCGCACGUGAAAAGACCCUCAAAAAGCUAUCUGACCUAAUUAAACGUAAUAGAAUUGCUUCAGGGAAGGAAUCUUGUAAAUAUAACAAAUGCACUAAAAGCUUUAGUUACCAAUCAGAUAUGAUUCAGUAUCCUGAAGUACCCGCUGAAGAGAAAUCCUACACAUGUAAGGAAUUUGAGGAAGACUUUAAUCAAAAAGAAUACCUGACUCAACAGAAGAAUCAUAUUGGAGAGAAGAUCUAUAAUUAUGAUGAAUGUAGGAACAUCUUCAGCCAAAUGGCAUACCUUACUAACCAGGAGACACUUGAUACCCUAGAGAAACCCUAUAAAUACAGUGACUGUGGGACAAACUUCUCUGAUGGCUCAUCUCUCACUAAACCUCAGAGGAUUCAUAAAGCAGAGAAAUCCUAUAAAUGUGAUGAGUGUGUGAAAACUUUCAGUAACAAGUCAUCUCUUACUCAACAUCAGAGAGUUCAUAGUAGGAAAAAACCUUAUAUAUGUAAUUCAUACGGAAAAACAUUCCACCAGAGCACAAAUCUUAUUCACCAUCAGAGAAUUCAUACAAUAGACAAACCUUAUAAGCGUGAUGAACGUGGGCAGGCCUUUGGUCAAAAUUCAUCCUCCUCUGAACAUGAGAAAAAUAUAGGAGAGAGAGGUUACAAUUAUAGUGAACAUGGGAAAUACUUCAGCCAGAGAGGACAUCUUAGUAAACCAAGAAUUAAUACUGGAAAAAGCCCAUACAAAUGUAAUAUAUGUGGAAAAGCCUUUAGCACUAGUUCAUCCUUUAUUCAGCAUCAGGUCUCCCAUGUUGGAACUAAUCCUAAAUGUGCUACAGGUGGAAAUGCUUUUGGACAGAGCCUUAUUAAGCAUCAGAAACGUGUUAUAGGAGAGAAGCCUUAUCAUUGUGAUGAAUGUGGGAAAACAUUUAGCCAAGGUAGGUGCCUUAUUCAACAUCAGAGAAUUCAUACUGGAGAAAAACCUUAUAUAUGUAACAUAUGUGAAAAGGCCUUUACCCAAAGGGGAAACCUUAUUAAACAUAGGAGAAUUCACACUGGAGAGAAGCCCUAUAAAUGUAAUGAAUGUGGACAGGCCUUCAGCCAGAGCUCAUCCCUUACUGAACAUCAAAGAAUUCAUACUGGUGAGAAACCCUAUCAUUGUAAUGUGUGUGGAAGAGCUUUUGGUCAGGGUAGGAGCCUUACUCAACAUCAGAGAAUUCAUACCGGAGAGAAACCCUAUAAAUGUACUAAGUGUGGUAGAGCCUUUAGUCAGGGUAGAAACCUUACCAGACAUUGGAGAAUUCAUACUGGAGAGAAACCCUUUAAGUGUAAUGAAUGUGGGAAAGCCUUCAAUCAGAGGGAACAUCUUACUAAGCAUCGUAGAUUUCAUACGGGAUAAUGCUCUUAUGAAUGUAGUAGAGAAGUCUUCAACCCAAGUACAAAUCAAUACUAUAAAUGUAUUGAAUGUAGGAAUGCCUUCAGCCAGAAUUCAUAUGUUACUUGACAUCAAAUAAUUCACCAUGGUAAAUGAAAUUUUGUUUUUAAAUUUAAUGAAUGUGAAAAAAUUUUAGUCAAUCUAGAAGCCUUUCUAUCUUACUGAACAUCAAAUAAUUCAUCCUGGAAAAUGAAAUUUUAUUUCCAAAUUUAAUGAAUGUCAAAAAAAACCUUUAGUCAAUCUGGAAGCUUCAUUCAGUUUUAGAAGAUAUAUGCUAAAGAGAAAUUAUAUAUGUAAUGAAUGUGGAAAAGGUAAUACUAUCAGGCCAUCCUUUACUUCAAAUCAUCAUUCGUGAUGGUGAAAAGCAUAAAUGAAGUUUAAUGUAAAGCCAAGUGUGCUCCAGUCCUCAUAAUAGACUUCAAAGGUUAUUCUGUAUAUACACACAGUUCUCGCUUUAUAUAAGUGGACCAUUCCAAAGAUCUCUAUGUAAAGUGAUUUUUACGUAAUGUGAAUUACCCGCCCACUUCACUUACCUAUAUAACAAUGGCAUACACAAAAUAAUACCUUUAUGCAAGUCAGAGAAUGUACCAAAAUGCAGACACAGUAAUACCGUACCAUGAAAAUAAGCAGAAUUAUGAAAUGAGAGGUAAAGUUCAUGAUAAGGUAUGCGCAGUAUUGUACUAUAAAGUUAAUAUGGGUGGGCAGUAUGUUGCUACUUCUCCACCCAUUGCACUUAGCCUUCAUCACUGGUCUGUGCAACUCUUUUUAUGAAGUGUCGAAAGAUAAUCUUCAUUAGGGCUUCACUCUAAUAAAUCAGGCAGGCCUAGGAAAAAUGUGGUAGAAAGGAGUUAAUUAUUGCACAUAAGGCACAUAUGGCUGCUGCACUUUGCUUGUCAUGUUCUGCAACUUCUUCUGUGAGAGGGCUGUCAUGUUUACCUGUGCAGCCCCCCUCCUCACGAGAGCACUGUCAUAUAUACUUGUUAAAGGGGAUGGGAAAUCUAAUUCAAUAAAGCUAUUGGAUAGGACAAGGAUGUCUGUGCUCUGCAGCAGACUAGCAUCUAUAACUAUGACUUCCAUGAUUUAGAGUUCUCCAAUUCAUCUCUACCCCAAAAUUCCUAUCCUUAGCUUUAUUAGACAGUGGCUUUCUUUUUUUCCCUCUUGUAUCGGAGUGCAGAUUUCUUUCAGAAUUCUUUUCAUAAAGUCAAAUCUGCAAAAUGUGAAUUUAUAUAAAGUGAGAACCGUCUGUAUUACGAUAUCAGACAGAUUUGUCUUUCAGUGUUUGACAAGUUAAAUUUAGAACUUGAGGUGUUGAUAGCUUAUGUACAAUAGCUUUAUAGAGGGCUGAGGUAUGCAGGUGAGAGAUAUGAAACAACAGUUACCAAACUCAGUUUUCUUUAAAAAAAUAACACCAGUAAAAGGGGAUUUUGUAUUAAAGUUAAAACAUUAGCAUUUAAAUAAUUUUAUUUCUUUGCCAUUUAAGCAUUGAGGAAUAAAAGAAAAAGAACCCCAGAAAAAUUUCUUAAAAGGUGAAUGUAUGUGUCGAAAUACAACUGUCAGAAUAAAACACUUAGGCGCAUGUUUAUGCACAUGAGCUAGUUCUCCUGAGCCCAGUCCUGUGAAGCAUCCUCAGGUUUUGAGUAUUUAAUCACAACUAGUUUGGAGUAGCCGGUGAGCUAGAGAAAUAGGAAAUAAGAAUUUAACUGAAGUGUGGCCAUAGGCCUUGGGAAAUAGAAGGCAUAAAUCUCACUCUGUUUGGAAGUUGGGUGAGAAAUCAUGGAAUUAUUAAACUAAGUAAGCAUCUACCUUGGCCAAGUUCUAUGUGAGAUAAAAAAUUAUCUGCGACAUUCCUUGUUACCUUGGAAUUUAUAGUCUAAUGUGAUGUGACACAUGUUACUAUAAUGCAAAGUAAUAUACACAGGUAGAAGAGCUAUCUGUAGACUCUUUGCCACAAUCAGUUACUAUCUCAUCCAUUGCCUUCUCUGGGCUAGAACGUCUUUCUACCUGCUUCAUAGUCUUCCUCUUCACCCCUAUACUUGUGAUCAUAUCUGGAGACUUUAGCAAUACAUGCAUUCAUGUCCACUUGAUUACCCUGGCCUCCCAGCACAGUGCUCUCUUAAAUGCUCGUGAUUUCUGUCUUCACUCUGUCUUAGCCAGGUACAAGGAUGUAUUCUACAUCCAACUGUCUUCCAUAACUGUGACUUCCAUGAUCUAGUGCUUUCAAAUUCAUCUCUGACCAAAAAUUUCUAUCCUCAGGCUUUUACUUGGCCUCACUCCUCCUAAAUAAAUUCUUUAUUCUCAUCACUACCUUCAGCCUUCCACUCCCCUAUUGUCUUGAGUUUUUAUUGGCUUUAAAAAAAAAUCAUUCAAAACUUCUUUCCCCUCACACCUGCUCUGGCUACAUUCACUUCCUGCCCUCACAGUCUUUACCCAUGGAAGACUGAUUCAACUCUGUACUAUAAUAAGCUACCCUGAUUCACUUGGCCUCUUGUCCUAUCCUAACUAUGUCUUGCCAAAUCCCAGCCCUGAUUUACUGUCCUUAUAGGCUUCUUCUGGUCUUUCCAACCACACCAGUGUGGUUUGCUACAGAUUUCUUGUCUCACCUCACCUGGACCAGUGCUGAUACACUUUAUUCUUCCCUGAUUUGCUAUCACAUUUCCUGCAGUGUUGCAACCUUCCUCUUUACUCAUACUGCCUUCUCGCCCAUUUUUCAUCAGAUAACCUUGCCUUCUACUUAACUGAAAAGAAAUGGCCAUCCAUUUUGAGCUUCCUCUUUCCUCCUACACCACACCCCCAAAUUCCUUUCCAUCUUUCCCAAUUUUCUCCACCUUUGCUUCAAUGUCUGAGAAAGAGAUGGUCCUUCUUGCCAAGGCCAAAACCUCUUUGCCCUCCCAUCUUCUUUGAAAGCUUGCCUUUUCAUUCUGUCGUCUUUAAUCUCUCCUUACCUCCUGGUUCCUUCCCAACUGCCUUUACACUUACUCAAGUUUUCCCCAUCCUUCAGAAGUCCUUCAAAGUCUUCACUUGUCCCCACCAUCCCCUCAAGCUGUAAUGACAGCUCUAUCAUUCCUCUCUUUUGCAGUCUAAUUCCUAGAAAUGGUCAUUUAUGCUACUUGCCUUCAUUGAUCACUCCUUAGUUCCUUGUAAGCUGACAUCUGACCUAUUCACCUGAAGCUGCUCUCUCCAAGUUGGUAAGGAGCUCUUCCUCGCUCCAUCCAGUGCCUUUUUUUAGGCCUCAUUUUACCUGGCCUCUGCAGACUGGACAGCCAUCCUUUCCUCCUAGACCCUCCUACAAUUGUUCUUGCUCCAUUCUCCUCCUGUCUGUCUGCACAUCCCUUUUCAUUUUCUUUGCUAGACCAUCACUUCUCCUACCUACCCACUAGGCCUCUUUCUGUUCUUCAAAAUGUCUCCUUGGGUAAGGCCAUUGCAUCUCAUGGGUUCAAGGAUCUCUGUGUAGAUGACUGCCAGAUCUGCAUAGCCAGCCCUGUUCCAUCUCCUAAACUCCCAUCCCACACCUCCACCAGUAGUAGGUACAGUAGGUAUCUCAAACUCAGUUCGGCCACAACUCGUAUUUCCCCCUAAAUCCAUCUCUCCUCCAGACUUCUUUUCUGUUGUUGAGUACACCAUAAUCCUCGAGUUCCCUAAGUUCUCAUCCUCAGAAGGAGACCUCUCUGUUUCCCCCUUCCCCUCAUUCUACCACUUGCCAGAUUCUGCUGCCCCAGAACUUCUUACAUUGGAUCUUUUCUCCAUUCACAUAGCUUCUAACUUAGUUUAGAACCUAGGCUAAUAGUCUAGACAAAUCCUUUUAUGAAGGGGAUUUGUUCUGUGAAGUUUGGAUUCAGUCAGAGGACCUCACUUGAGGACCUAGAGGGCCAUAUGUGCCCUAGAGGCCACAGGUUCUCCACCCUGGUAGAUCUUUGUGACCUCUCACCUGGACUACGGCAGUAGCUUUCAAAACCUUCCCUCUGAUCCAGCCUACACAGAUCUGCUAAAGUGAUAGCCUGAAACAUGGGCCUGACCAUGUCAUUCCUCUGCUCAUAAAUUUUGGGGGGCUUCCUAUCAAUUGCUAGGAUAAAAUGCAAAAUCCUCAGCCUGGCAUUUAAACCAUUCUUCAUUAUGGCUCACACUUGCCUUUCCAUUUUUAUUUCACGUUAUUCCCUUUCACACCCUCUUCUUUCCAUUCAAAUUGCCACAUCUACUUGUCAGCCUGUUACCCCCAUCUCUCUUUGCACAGGAAUGUACUGCCACCUCACUUCUGCCUCAGAAUCCCUUCGAAGCACAGCUUUGUGCUGCCUCCUACCCAAGCCCUUUCCUCCUCCUUCCUUUAAUUAGUGCUCUCACUGUCAUGAAAUCACUUUGUAUCACAUCGUAUUUAGGUAACUAGACGAAAGUUCUGUGCUUCCUCCCUUUCUUAAAAUGUGAACUCCUUUUGGUCAGUGGCUUUUCAUUUUCAUUUUUGUGUUUUUGAAUUUACUGCUCUCUCCUUGAAGCCUCCAUUGGUGAACCUUCUAUCAGGAACCGUCCUCAGACCUCUAAAUGCUGCAUUUUUCACCUUUCUCAUGUCUUGAAGAUCUGCUUAGAAUGCAUAAUACCCCAGAUGUGUUAGAGUAUUGUGAUCUCGGUGCUAGACCGUAAAUGCAGUGUGGGCAACUUUGUGCCUCUUCCACUUCCUAACAGUGCUUUUUCUGGUGGGGAGGAGCUUUGUAAACUCUGACCAAAUUGAAUUGACUCUUCCAGGAACUCUGACUUUAUGUCAGAAGAGAAAAAUUCAUCCCAUGAAACAGAACCUAGUAUGCAGUCUAUUCCUUACCAUCUUGUUGGUUGUUUUUCAGUCAUGUCUGACUCUUCAUGAACCCAUUUGGUGUUUUCUUGGCAAAAAUACUAGGCUGGCUUGUUAAUUCCUUCUCCAGCUCAUUUUACAGAUGAGGAAACUGAGGCAGAUAGGGUGAAGUGACUUGCCGGGAGUCACACAACUAGUAAUUGUCUGAGGCCAGAUUUGAACUCAGGAAGAUGAGUCUUCCUGACUCUAGGCUUAGCACUCUAUCCAUUGUGCCACCCAGCUGCCCCCUUACCAUCCUGCCUGGGUAAAUUUGCUAGUUUACUACUACUUUAGAUGGGUUAUGAAUUCUUUUUUUUUAAAUUAAGAUUUUUUAUUUUUCAUUUACAACACUCAGUUUUCCAUAUUUUCUUCCCUCCCUCCACUCCCCCCUACCCCCCAAGACGGCAUGGAAUCCAAUAUAUCUUCUACAUGUACCUUCCCAUUAAACUUAUUUACACAAUAGUCAAGUUGUAAAGAAGAAUUAUGACCUAUGGAAGGAAUCAUGAGAAAGAAGAAACAA